GCGAGGCGGCCGGGCCGGGCCGGGCCGGGCCGUGCGGGGCGAUGCGGGCGGCGGGCGGCCAUGGAGGUGCGGUGCGGCGGGCUGCUCUUCAGCUCCCGCUUCGACUCGGGCAACCUGGCGCGCGUGGAGCAGGUGGAGCCGCCGCGGGGGGACGCGCUGCCGGCCGCCGACUACGAGUUCAACGUCUGGACGCGGCCCGACUGCGCCCGCACCGAGUACGAGAACGGCAACAGGUCCUGGUUCUACUUCAGCGUGCGCGGCGGCGCCCCGGGGAAGCUGAUCAAGCUGCACAUCCUCAACAUGAACAAGCAGAGCCGGCUGUACUCGCAGGGCAUGGCCCCCUUCGUGCGCACCCUGCCCGGCCGGCCCCGCUGGGAGCGCAUCCGGCAGCGGCCCAGCUUCGAGAUGGUGGAGACCCAGUUUGUGCUGUCCUUCGUGCACCGCUUCCUGGAGCACCGCGGCACCACCACCUACUUUGCCUUCUGCUACCCCUUCUCCUACACAGAGUGCCAGGAGAUGCUGGCGCAGCUGGACAGCCGCUUUGAGGAGUGCCAGCACAUGUCUCCCAGCAGCCCCCCAGACUCCGUCUACUACCACCGGGAGCUGCUGUGCCACUCCCUGGACAAGCUGCGCGUUGACCUGCUGACGGUCACCUCCUGCCACGGCAUGCAGGAGAAGCGGGAGCCCCGGCUGGACAAGCUCUUCCCGGACACUGCCACGCCGCGGCCGCGCCGCUUUGCGGGGAAGAGGGUGUUCUUCCUGAGCAGCCGGGUGCACCCCGGGGAGACGCCCUCCAGCUUUGUCUUCAACGGCUUCCUGGACUUCAUCCUGCGCGAGGAGGACCCCCGCGCCCAGAUGCUGCGGCGGAUGUUUGUCUUCAAGCUCAUUCCCAUGCUCAACCCGGACGGGGUGGCGCGAGGCCACUACCGAACCGACUCCCGCGGGGUAAACCUGAACCGCCAGUAUCUGAACCCCGAUGCCGAGCUGCACCCCGCCGUGUACGGGGCCAAAGCCGUCCUCCUCUACCACCACGUGCACAGCCGCGUCCUGCCGGGCUCCCCCGACUGGAGGACGUACGUCUCCCCGCUCAGCACCAGCUUGCUCAGCACCAAAUCUUCCAACCAUUCCGUCCGCGGCAGCGCCCCGUCCCCCGAGGCAGCCCUGUCGGAGCUGGAGAAAGCCAAUAACCUCCGCAACUCGCCCAGCGCCUGGAGCGCCGGCACGUGCCGCAGCCCGCCUCGGGAACCCCCGCCCGCCGCGCUGGAGCUGAUCCUCCCUGGCAGCUGCUCCGCGGAGCACCCUGAGGAGGAAGCCAAGAGGCCGCCGCCUCUCCCCGAAACCAUCCUGCCCCAGCACAGCGGGCUGGCCUACUACGUCGACCUCCACGGGCACGCCUCCAAGCGCGGCUGCUUCAUGUACGGCAACAGCUUCAGCGACGAGAACGAUCAGGUAGAGAACAUGCUGUUCCCUAAACUCAUCUCCUUGAACUCACCUCACUUUGACUUCACGGGCUGUAACUUCUCCGAGAAGAACAUGUACGCCAAAGACAAGCGGGACGGGCAGUCGAAGGAGGGCAGCGGGCGAGUGGCCAUCUACAAGGCCUUGGGCAUCAUCCACAGCUACACGCUGGAGUGCAACUACAACACGGGGCGCUCGGUGAACAGCAUCCCGGUGGCCUGCCACGACAACGGGCGCGCCAGCCCCCCGCCGCCCCCCGCCUUCCCCUCCAAGUACACUGUGGAGCUCUUUGAGCAGGUCGGCAGAGCCCUGGCCGUGGCAGCGCUGGACAUGGCAGAGUGCAACCCGUGGCCCCGCAUCGUCCUGUCGGAGCACAGCUGCCUCAGCAACCUGCGGGCCUGGAUGCUGAAGCACGUGCGCGGCACGAGGGGCGCCGCCGGCUGCGCGCGGAGGAGGGGCGCCCGCAGCCCCCCCAGGAGCACCACAGGGCUCCCGACCUCGGCCUCGGAUAACGCCCUGUCCCGCGCGCGCAGCUUCAGCAACGGCACCAGCGGGAGCGGCAGCAGCCAGCAGGACUCGCCCCAGAUCAAAGCCUCGCCCAGCUUCGCCUUCGGCUGCAGCCGGCCCUGCGCCCCAGCCGCGGACGGCCAGAGCCCGCAGACGGGCGGCGCGAGAGCCCCGGCGCCGGUCAGAGGUAAGCUGGGCUGGGGGCCUCUCGCGCACGUGGUCCAGUGCCUGUCGAGCUGCUGUGCGAAGCCGCAGCCCUGAGGAGAGCUCGGUGCCGGCGUAACCGUUUGCUUUGACGUAACAAAAGUGGUUUUGAGUGGAAGAAGUGCGUGUGACCGGCCGCCCCGUCCCCUCGGAAGGGCCCUGGACGCAGGGCGCAGCUCAGCGCUCCGGCCCCAGCGGAGCGGCCGCACCUGGGUCGGGACAGACGCGGCACAGCGAGACCCCUGACGUCGUCGGCCGUGCUGCUGCGGGGGCUGCGGGGCCCGGCCGAGCUCCCCCCCGCCCGCUCUGCAGCCCCUGCUUCUGCCGCAGCAGAUCAGAGGGACUGCGCUCGCCGCGGGCUGCCCGGCGCGACGGUCCCCUCUGUGCCGGCAGUGCUGGCAGCCCCGGGCUAACCGGAUCGCCGUGCGAGGGGCAGAGCACAGUGGUUUCUGGAGAGGCCAGCGCGGAAAACCUGCAGCCUCCACCACCGAAAUUGCUCCCUAGGCCCGUGGGGUGACACACGAAAGUGCCUUCCUCCUUCCCAGGCACCUGCUGAGGUGCAGCCGGUUGUGGCACGUGGCUCUGUCACGGCGCAACUCUGUUGUGGGCGCCGCGGGGCCGAGCUGUGGCGGCUCGCUGGGUGCCGAGCGAGUGGCAGCUCCUGCCCCAGGGGCCGGCUGGUGGCACUGAGCCACCCGCACGGCUCGGAGGCACAGAUGCAGCCCCGCAUCGGCUGCACCGCGCUCUGGGGUGGCGAAACAGCGUGACCGCAGUGCCCCUCGCCGUGGGCAGGGCCGUGGCAGGGUGCGGGGUGGCGGCGGGCGAAGCUGCCGUGCCCCGAGCUGCUGGCCGAGGCUGCGGCGUGUGGCGGACGGGGGCCUGGCAGCGAGCCCCGGGCUGCCGCAGGGCUCCCGGCCCCGGUGGGCACCGUGCUCCCAAAGGCCCCGGCGUGAGCGGGCGUCCUCCGUGCCGCGGGGCAGAGGGGCGGCCGGUGUGACUGCGGCGUGACUGCGGCUGUGUGGUGCGGAGGCGGCGUACCCCUGCGGCGCCGCUCUGCCCGUCGCUGUGCUCCUUGUGCUCUGCCCGCGUGGCGCGCGUUGCUUCGUCCUCCCUGUGUGUGUGCUUCCCAGCGCUCUGUAGCGACCGUUUCUCCCCUGCUGCCAGAACGUGGCGGGGAGGAAAUAAAAGGUUCAUGUUCCCCUGG